GCCAGAUGUAGAGCAGCCUCUUUGUCCCAGUGCCUUGACCAGCUGUGCCUGGCACAGAGCCCGGCACCUGCGGGCACAGCGAUGAGCAGACGUGGCCAGGUGACACUCCCAUCAUCCUACAUCCUCAAUUCUGACAACAGCUUCUGAGACCUGAAUUACAGACCAUCAUUUUAAUUGGACAUAAACUGCAAGUGCAGCAAGCCUCUCUUUGGUGUCUCAAUGGCUACCCAAGGCAGGGGAACUUCAGGCCUCUUCCCCAGGGGUGCUGUUCUCCAGAGACAGGAAGGCUGCCUGACUGUGAAACAGGAGCCGGGGAGCCUGACCUGGGGCCACGGCUGCAGUCUCCAAAAGAAUCACCCUCCUGUCUGUGAAAUUUUCAGGCUGCACUUUAGGCAGUUAUGUUAUCAUGAGAUGUCUGGGCCACAGGAGGCACUGAGCCGGCUCCGGGAGCUGUGCCGCUGGUGGUUGAUGCCAGAGGUGCAUACCAAGGAGCAGAUCCUGGAGCUGCUGGUGCUGGAGCAAUUCCUGAGCAUCCUGCCUGGGGAACUCCGGACCUGGGUGCAGAUGCAUCACCCUGAGAGUGGUGAGGAGGCUGUGGCUGUGGUGGAGGACUUCCAGAGACACAUCAGUGGACCAGGAGAGGUUUCAGCUCCAGGGCGGGAAAAGGAGAUGCAUUCUGAAGAGAAGACAGCAUUGGGUGCAACACAGGAAUCUCCUUCUACCUCACCCCACCGUGAGGGUUCAGCCCCUAGAGCCCACCUGGAGCCUCCUCGUGAUCCCGGGGCACACCACCACCUCUCCAGUGGGCACUCUGCUCAGGGUGCUUCCCUGGUACCCGCCCUUCCCCAAGUGGGGAAUGUAGGAGACCAAGCAGUAGCAACUGUGCUUCUAAUGGUCAGGCCCCAGGAGGCUGCAGAGUUGGAGUUCCUAUCUGUGAACUAUUCUUAGAAUUGGAAAGGUGCAGCACUCAGCCAGAGAGCCCUGUACCAGAACAUCAUGCUGGAAAACUGCCACAGCCUGGCCCCAUUGGCAGAUGAGAACAGGAUGGUGCUUUCACAGUUGCCUCCAAAGCAGGAGAUUUCUGAAGAACUGAAGUCAUCUGACAGGAUCUUUGAAGAACUGAAGUCAUCUGACAGGAUCUUAGGGGUGUUCUGUGGAGUGAUUCCUGCAGGACAAGAAGCUGGGACUGCCAGUAAAGAGGCUUUAGAGAAUCUAGAAUAUCAACCCUCAGAUGAAGAAGGAACCAGACUGGAAAGUGAUUUCUUAGAAAUAACAGAGGAGGAUAAAAAGAAAUCCACAGAGGAUCAAUAUGAUGAGUAUAAGGAACUUGGGGGACAUCUAGAUCUGUCCUCUGGUCUCUCAGAACAUCAGGAAGUUCUGAAGGGACAGAAAUUGUAUCACUGUGAUGAAUGUGGUAAAGCUUUUAAUCGGAGUUCACACCUCAUUGGGCAUCAGAGAAUCCACACUGGAGAGAAACCAUAUGAGUGUUCUGAAUGUGGCAAGACCUUCAGGCAGACCUCUCAGCUCGUUGUCCACCUCAGAAUCCAUACAGGGGAAAAACCUUAUGAAUGCAGUGAUUGUGGAAAGACCUAUCGCCACAGCUCCCAUCUCAUUCAACACCAGAGACUCCAUUAUGGGGAGAAACCAUAUAAAUGUAAUGAAUGUGCAAAAGCUUUCACCCAGAGUUCCCAACUCAUUGACCACCAGAGAACUCAUAGUGGGGAGAAGCCAUAUGAAUGCAACAAGUGUGGGGAGGCCUUCAUUCGAAAUAAAAGCCUUAUCCGCCAUCAGGUACUUCACACUGGUAAGAAGCCUUACGAGUGUGAUGAUUGUGGGAAAGCUUUCUGUUCUAACAGAAAUCUUAUUGACCAUCAGAGAAUCCACACUGGGGAGAAGCCUUAUGAGUGUAAUGAAUGUGGCAAGGCCUUCAGUCAGAGUAAAUGUCUUAUUCGACAUCAGAGCCUCCACACUGGGGAAAAACCAUACAAAUGCAGUGAGUGUGGGAAAGCCUUCAAUCAGAACUCUCAACUUGCUGACCACGAACGAAUUCAUACUGGAGAAAAACCUUUUGAAUGUAAUGAGUGUGGUAAGGCAUUCAGUCUGAGUAAAUGUCUCAUUCGACAUCAGCGACUUCAUACUGGUGAAAAGCCAUAUAAAUGCAAAGAGUGUGGAAAAUCCUUUAAUCAAAAUUCACAUCUUAUUAUUCAUCAGAGAAUACACACUGGUGAAAAACCUUAUGAAUGUAAUGAAUGUGGAAAGGUCUUCAGUUACAGCUCCAGUCUUAUGGUACAUCAGAGAACCCAUACUGGGGAAAAACCCUAUAAAUGCAAAGAUUGUGAGAAAGCUUUUAGUGACAGUUCACAGCUCGUUGUACACCAGAGAGUUCAUACUGGAGAGAAACCCUAUGAAUGUAUCGAGUGUGGGAAAGCCUUCAGUCAGCGUUCUACUUUCAAUCACCACCAGCGAACUCAUACUGGAGAGAAGCCCUCAGGUCUGGCUCGAUCUGUUUCUUAAGACAUAAUUCUCUAAGACAGCAAGGAACUUUGGUUCAGGUUUCUAUAUAAGGAGCAUGUUCAUUCUGUUCUCUGCUUUCAACCACUGAUCAAAGUGGACCAUCCAUCCCUAAAGGUUCUCUGCCAGUCACAGUGGUGGGAGAGGGAAUAACAAUGCCGUCCUUCCCAACUACUGUUUAAAAAUCUAUCUCAUUUCUUAUUCAUUCAUCCCCAAAUCAGAAUGUGUGUUUCUCUAGGACAGAGAUAUUUCCUUUUUCUGUUUCAUUUCCUCCCUUUUACCAUUUAUAUAAAGUCAUUCUCUAAGAUACUGAUUCAUUUCUUGGUUAUGGCCCUCUUUAUGUGCUAUUUAUUACUUCUUUAUCUACUUUUUAAACUCCUACUCUAAUAUGGUCCCUCACCACUUAAGUUCCCUGUCUAGAAAGUCUUUUUUUUUUUUCAUUUCCUUUGCUAAUCUGUGUCCUACAGAACCUGCCAGAUCCAACUCAUCUUGAAAGACUGUCUUCAAAUACUUCUCCAUUCAUGUUAAACUUCUUUUCAUUGGACUUCAGUACUUUGAGUUAGCUGGUGUAUGUACAACUGUUGUUAAAUGACCUUGUAAAUUAUUCUCAACCUACUAU